AUGGCUUCUUACCUGCCUAUCGACAGCUAUCGACCCCUUCGGCGUCGGACUCGGACGUUCCUCGCCCAAGCGUGUGCUAAGCUCCGAGUCCAGCCGAGUGGCCGUUGUACCUUUCCUCCUGAGAUCAGCUACUUAUCUGCUCUAGCCAUCCGCCAUGCGCUUGCACCCCCGCGGAAAUCUUUCACUCACGCAGAACGGGCUGUUGCUUUCGAAGCACUCUUCGGCAGAGCCCCGCCAUUAACUAGAACUCCUCACUCUUCUCUCCCCCACAUCGUUGAACUUGCAGCCUUCGAGCCCGCAAGCCGUUGUUCAGAAGCCGGCUUGUUUUAG